CGGAUGUGAAAUGCGGGUGAUGAAGUGCAGGUGGCCCGCGUACGAGGUCAAUGAAGUGGUGGUGCUGGAUAUGGCUGCCUGGUGGAGUCAUGGCCCGAUGACGUUGGGUGAUGGUGGCUGUGCUCAGCCGUGUUUCAGUGGCGUACCACAGUUGGAGCGGGCAGCGAGAAAUGGAAACAUGUGAAAGGGAACGCGGUCGCCGUGCGUGCGGGCUCUUUUGUAUGCCAUGCCGGAGUUCGCGAGUGGUUUGUCAAGCAAGUCCGAGACACGACACGACCGCGACGUGGCUCCUAUGGGGUGCCGGGGGUUGCACGACGGCGGCGGCUCGGAGGGCUUCAGGCUGUGGCCAGUGCAGUGAGCAAGCGGUGUGAUGUGGGAUAGUCGUCCUUCGCGAGCUCAAGGAUGGUGGUGAUGGUGAUGGCGGUGAUGGCGGCGUGGUGUUGAGUCGCCCUGCCGCGCCGGCGGUCCGGAAAAGCCCGACGCCGGCGCGCCUC